AUGCUCGGGAAGACGAUGACGGAGGAACUUCGCUACUACGCGCGCUCGGAGCGCCACCUGCAGGCAUUUCAGACGUGGCUGGACGGCGCCAAGCCCGCGUACCCUGCGUCGGUCGCCUCGGGAGGCUCGGACGUGGUGCAGAGCAAGCUUUUCCCCCUCUUGAAGACGCAGGAGCUGGGCGGCAUCGUGCUGUACGCCCCCACGCUAGGCUCGACGCAGACGCUGCUGCGCGAGGCGAUCAAGCCCGCGGCGCCCGCCGGCCUCGUGUGCUACACGGAUCUGCAGUCGAGCGGCAAGGGCCGCGGCUCCAACACGUGGUCGUCGCCCGAGGGCUGCCUGGCCUUCUCGUUCCAGAGCUCCUUCGUGGACGGCACCACGCUCCCCUUCGUGCAGUACCUCGUGUCGCUGGCUAUCAUCAAGGCUGUGGAGGUGGUUCACGUGGCGGUUCCGGGAAGUGCAGGCCCCGUGAGGAUCAAGUGGCCGAACGACAUUUACGCCAACCAGGUCAAGAUCGGAGGAAUUCUAUGCCAGUCCGAGUACCGCAACGGCAAGUUCAGCGUCACGACCGGUGUUGGCAUUAACAUCUCGAACCGGUCGCCGACGAUCUGUCUGCAGGAUAUCCUGGGGACGGAAGAGCAACCCUGCUCGGUCUCAAAAGAGGAGUUUUUGGCGGCGUUCUGCAACGCAUACGAGCCCAUGGAAAAGUUGUUCCUUGAGAAGGGCUUCGAGCCGUUCAUGACGGACUACCUGGCGCGGUGGCUGCACACAGACCAAGUGGUGCAGGUUGCUAGUGGCGACGAUGCAGGAGGCAAGAAGGUGCCCGCUGUCAUCAAGGGACUUACCAGCACGGGGUGCCUUCUGGCCCAAGGUGAUGACGGUGCGCGUCUCGAGCUUUACCCCGACGGAAACUCGUUCGACUUCUUGUCGGGAUUGUUGAAGCGCAAGCUGUAG